AUGCCUCCGCGCCGCCGCCCCUCCUCCGGCUACCACGGUGUCCGGGUGCGGCCGAGCGGCCGGUUCGACGCGGAAAUCCGCUCCGCCGAGGAGCGGAUCCGCCUCGGCACGUUCGACACCGCGCACGAGGCGGCGCGGGCGUACGACGCCGUCGCCUGGCGGCUCGGCCGCUCCCGCCGAACGAUGAACUUCCACGACGUGUUCACGCGGGAGCAGGCGGAGAUGCUGGCGCCGCCGCCGCCGAUGAUCACGCGCGAACAGCAGCGCCGAUGUCGAGAGCUGAAGCAGCGCCUCCUCAUCACCGAGAGCGACGAGGCACUGCGCCUCGAAUGGGCGCGCCGCUUCCCCGAGGACGUCGACGCCAAGGAGGCCUUCUACGCGCAGAAGGAGGAGGAGAAGGCGGCGAUGAAAGCAAAGAAAAAGGCGAGCCGCGAGAAGCGCCGCGGCGAGUCCGCGGCGAGGAAGAAGGUUCGUGAGAACUACCAGAAAGACUAG